AUUUUAUUUUAGACAAAGAGAAAAUAGAAAGAAAGAAGGGAAAAAAGGGGAAACAAAAAACAAGAGAAAAUGAGCAGAGUGCUGUGUAAAUCCACCAUUGCACUCAUUCCUUCAUUAGCUUCUUCUACUUCUCCUCAUUUCAGAUUCAAACACUUUCGAACUUCUUCUUCUUCUAAUUCAUCUUCUCCUAGGGUUUCUCGUAUGGCUACCGAAGCUUCUUCGUCUUCGUCUUCCUCUUCGUCGUCUGCAUCUCCUUCUCCUUCGUCCGCCAUUGAUUUUCUUACUCUUUGUCACCGCCUCAAGACGACAAAGAGGGAAGGUUGGGUACGUAGAGGGGUUAAUGCUCCAGAGUCUAUAGCUGAUCACAUGUACCGUAUGGGAGUGAUGGCUCUUAUUGCUGCUGACCUUCCUGGUGUUGAUCGUGACAAGUGUGUAAAGAUGGCAAUUGUGCACGACAUUGCAGAAGCAAUUGUUGGAGAUAUUACUCCUGCUGAUGGAAUUUCAAAAGAUGAAAAGAGUAGACGAGAGCGAGCAGCACUAGAAGACAUGUGUAAACUUUUAGGUGGAGGACCCCGAGCCAAGGAGAUCAGUGACUUGUGGAUGGAAUAUGAAGAAAAUUCUUCUUUAGAAGCCAAAGUUGUAAAGGACUUUGAUAAGGUGGAGAUGAUACUUCAGGCAUUGGAAUAUGAAAAUGGGCAAGGGAAGGAUUUGGAGGAAUUUUUCCAGUCAACUGCAGGAAAGUUCCAAACGGACGUGGGCAAGGCUUGGGCUGCAGAGGUAGCAUCAAGAAGAAAGAAAUCCAACUGAAAGGUUGGGGUAGUCAAGUGGAUUACAGUUUGCACCAGCUCUAUUGCUGAUGACCCAAAUUCUAACUAGGAUCACUGAAUCACUAGGGCAGUAACUGACAUUGAAAUGGUUCUACAAUUUGCAACAGGAAACUGAGCCCCAUGGUGUAUAUUGUUCUUUUGCUUAAAAAGGUUAUGCGAGGGAAAUGCUAAACUUGGGGAUAUUUUUUCAAUUUUGUUAUUUUGAAUUCCUCUUUUUCGAUUUCCAGUAAAUAUGCUAGAUGCUAAAGCUGAAACUUGGAAGAUGAUUUGAUCGUGGACAAGACUUUUUGAAUAAUUUACAAUGAAUUUCUUUCUAGAAGUAAUAACUAAAAGGAUACACGAUGAGAAUAUAAUAAUGCUAGGAAAGCUUCAAAAUUUCUGCCAUAUUGUGACAAAAAUGUAAUAGAACAGUAUAUUA